AUGUUAAAUAUUGUUGAUAAAUUGCCUUCAAUUUAGAAACAACAUAUGAAGAGAAUUUAAACUGAAGUUUAAUGUGAAGAAUAAUUAAUUAAAGUAGCAGCUAAGUAUUAUAUUUUUAAAAAACUAUAGAACACUUCCUGGUUAGAAUAAUAAAAAGAAAUUGAAAAUUAAUUAAGAUAGUCUUGCUAUAAAACAAAAUCUUUGCAAUUAAAAUGAUUGUCAUUUAUUUGGUAUUUUUGAUGGGCAUGGUCAAAAUGGACAUCUAGUUUCAUAAUUUAUAUCAAGAUAAUUACCAAAAACUAUAGAAAAUUUACUUAUGCAAAAUUAUAUCAAUAAUCCUAAUUUAUUAUCUUAAUCAUUAUCAUUAGCAUUUUAAUAAGUGGAACAUGAUUUAGUAAUCUUUUAAUUUAAUUUAGGUAGAUAAAACAAAUAUUGCUUGUAAUUUUAGUGGUUCUACUGCAGUACUUAUUUUAUUGAUUGAAUCUAGAAUAUAUUGUGCAAAUGUUGGAGACUCAAGGGCUGUUUAUUUUUAUAAAUUUUAAGAUCUAUGGUACAAUAGACCAUUAUCUUAUGAUCAUAAACCUAAUAAGACUUUUGAAUUAAAAAGAAUUAUAAAAUUGGGAGGAAGAGUUGAAUAAAGCUUAAUUGAUGGAAAAAGAUAAGGUCCAUUUAGAGUUUGGUUAACUAAUGAAGAUGUUCCAGGCUUAGCAAUGUCAAGGUCAUUUGGUGAUGUAGCAGCAAAAUCCGUUGGAGUAAUUGCUGAGCCUGAAAUAUUAAGAUAUAAAAUAUAAAAUAGUGGAUUUAUAUUAUUAGCAAGUGAUGGACUUUGGGAUAAAAUGGAUUUUGAAAGCAUCUAAAAUAUUUUAGAUAAUUUUGAUCCUCCUUUAACUUAAGUUGAUAUGGAAUUAAUAGCCUAAAAAAUUUUAGGAGAAGCUUACUCAAAAUGGGAUAGAAAAGAUUAUGGAAGAGAUGAUAUAACUCUAAUACUUGUGCAUGUUUAAAUUUGA